GCCGCCUGGUAGAAAUCAACUUUAUCUCAGCCACUUUAGCGACGGACAUUACCGGAAAAAUUUUAAAAUCUGCUCUCUUAUUUGAGCUGUUAAGCCUUGUAUUUUUACGUUUGAGCUACUGAGUCAUGGUCUUCAAAGUUCUUGUGACUCGACGUGUUCCAGAUGAAGCCAUUCAACUGUUAAAGGAUGCCAAUUGUCAAUUGGACUAUUGGGAGUCAGAUGAGCCAAUCCCUAGAAAUGAACUCCUAAACAGGGUCAAGGGAAAGCAUGCAAUUUUCUGCCUCCUUACUGAGAAGAUUGAUGCAGAAGUUUUAGAUGCCUGUGGUCCUCAGCUAAAAGUGGUGGCAACAAUGUCAGUGGGAUAUGAUCAUGUCAAUACAAAGGAGAUUGAAAAACGAGGAUUGCAACUUGGUUUCACUCCAGGGGUGUUGACAGAUGCAACUGCAACCCUAAAUGUUGCUCUUCUAUUGGCAGUCUCAAGGCUGCAGAAGCAAAAAAGUGAAAAAAAACCUGGUGGUUGGGGUACUUGGAAGCCAAUGUGGAUGACUGGGGCUACCCUGAAAGGCAGUACUGUCGGUGUUGUUGGUUUUGGGAGAAUCGGAAUAGCAGUGUGUGAACGUUUAGCUCCAUUCGGCGUCUGCAAGUUCCUGUAUAAUGAUAUAGCACCAAGGGAAGAUGGUAUAAGCUACUUAAUGACAAAUGACAAACCAUUUUCAAUUGACAAGGACACGCUUUAUGCAGAGUCGGACUUCAUCAUUGCCUGCACAGUUCUGAAUGAGGAAACAAAAGGAAUGUUUAACAAGCAAGUGUUCUCUAAGAUGAAGAAAAAUGCGAUUUUUGUCAAUGCAAGCAGAGGUGGUGUUGUUAACCAAGAAGAUCUCUAUGAAGCAUUGAAAAAUGGCGAAAUUAGGGGUGCUGGUCUUGAUGUAACUGUACCGGAGCCGAUCCCUCUCGAUCAUCCACUGCUGACUCUUAAGAACUGUGUUGUUCUCCCUCAUAUCGGUAGCGCGGAGGAUGCCACCCGCACGGAAAUGGCCACCCUGACUUCGCGUAACAUUUUGGCGGGGCUCAAGGGUGACAAACUCCCUGCUGCGGCAAAGUUAUAGACUGCUUCGCACCAAACCAGGGAGAGCUGGGGACAGCCAUUCGGUCCUUCCAUAGCACAAGAGCCUCCUUCACUGCCCCUCGCCAAACCCAAGUUUUCCUCACCACCCAUCUAUUUGGCCAUUAUAAAUAUACAAGUAUCAUUGUUAUUUAUUGUAAAGCAAAUUGACGUUUGUGAAAUAAAUGUGGUGGCUGUUUAAA